GCCUGGCCUCUGCUGGGACUGGCAACCAGAAUGCCUACAGAGCUCUGAGUUGCCAGAGAAUGUUCUAAGAACCCUAGGCAUAUGCUGCAAGCUUUGUGACCUCACCUUAAAAUUUCUAGAAUGUCACUUCUGCCACAUGAUAAUUGACUAAGUAAAUCACUAAGGCCAGCUCAGAUGUGAGAGGAAGUAAAUUACACUUCACUUCUAAAAGGGAAAAGCAUUAUGGAUCCAAGCCUAUUAAGAGAAAGGGAGCUGUUCAAAAAACGAGCUCUUUCCACUCCUGUAGUAGAAAAGCGUUCAGUGUCUUCUGAGUCAUCAUCAUCAUCAUCGAAGAAGAAGAAAGCAAAGGUAGAACAUGGAGGAUCAUCAGGCUCUAAACAAAAUUCUGAUCAUAGCAAUGGAUCAUUUAACUUGAAAGCUCUCUCAGGAAGCUCUGGAUAUAAGUUUGGUGUUCUUGCCAAGAUUGUGAAUUACAUGAAAACACGGCAUCAGCGAGGAGAUACACAUCCUCUAACUUUAGAAGAAAUUUUGGAUGAAACACAGCAUUUAGAUAUUGGACUCAAGCAGAAACAAUGGCUAAUGACUGAGGCAUUAGUCAACAAUCCCAAAAUUAAAGUAGUAGAUGGGAAGUAUGCCUUCAAGCCCAAGUACAACUUGAAAGAUAAGAAGGCCCUACUUAGGCUCUUAGAUCAGCAUGACCAGCGAGGAUUAGGAGGAAUUCUUUUAGAAGACAUUGAAGAAGGACUGCCCAAUUCCCAGAAAGCUGUCAAGGCUUUAGGGGACCAGAUACUGUUUGUAAAUCGUCCUGAUAAGAAGAAAAUACUUUUUUUCAACGAUAAGAGCUGUCAAUUUUCUGUAGAUGAAGAAUUCCAGAAACUCUGGAGGAGUGUCACUGUGGAUUCAAUGGAUGAGGAGAAAAUUGAAGAAUAUUUGAAGCGACAGGGUAUUUCUUCUAUGCAGGAAUCUGGACCAAAGAAAGUGGCUCCUAUUCAGAGAAGGAAAAAACCUGCUUCACAGAAAAAACGACGUUUUAAGACUCACAACGAACACUUGGCUGGAGUGCUGAAGGAUUACUCUGACAUUACUCCUGGCAAAUAGGGAACACUUUUGUCUUGAACAAAGAGUUACAAACACACAAUCAAGAUUUUGUUGUUGUUGUUGAUGCUCGGGAUCUGAAGACUGGCUGUCUUCCCAUUCUGCUUCUUAGGACUGAGGCAAGGAGCAGUUCAGUUUACAGAACAAGUGCAAAUUACCAAACUCAAAGCUUAUUUUAAUCAAAUAGGCUAAUGAGAAAUGUGAUAUUCCCUCUAGACCUUCUGUUCCUUCUUGGGAGAAAGGCACUUAGCACGAUAUGCAGGUGUCUUUGCUAUUUGUCUCUACUUCUAGAUGGUUCCUGGUUCCAUUUUUUCUCUUUUAUUACCUUAGAGCAAGUUGGCAGAUAGUCUUGAAUGCAAUAUUUGUUUAUUCCAAAAGAACAUAUUUAUAAUAAAAUCAUUGUAGAAGGAUUUUGAAGAA